GCACGAGGUGCUCGUGCUCUCUUCGCCAUUCUACAGCUUCGCCACGCGAGCUUUAUACUUUAACGAAACAAUAAUUUAUCCAGCAUGUUUGCGAGCUUGUUUCCUCGAAGGCCGUGCCGUCGCCAACAGAUACGUUGGAUGCUCAAGACACUCAUUGCUUUAAUCAUCGCCCUCACCCUGUUUACCCUCUGGCAAACGGCAUCUUCAAGACCAAGACGCCGCGUCCGCCGUACGAACCAGCAAAGGAAGCCAGUAGAACUUCCCACAUCCGAGCCCCCCAGGGAAGUCCUUUUGGGUGACGACACCCUACGUACCAUUCAGCCAUACAACAGGAGCAGGACUUUCGCCUUCGUCGACGCCGCAGACCCGGAGGAAGAGGAGUUCUUCGCACAAAUGAAUCCCAAGUGGGGCGAUUACGGAGAUCCUACCAAUCUGGAAGGUGCCGAAAAAGAAGAAUCGGACAAGCAAUUUGGCAAGGCGGGGUUCAAUGUGUACCUCUGCGAUAGGAUACCUCUGAACCGGACGCUUGGUGACCGCCGUCAUAAACAGUGUCAGACGUUGAAGUACCCAAUGGACAUGCCCUCAGUAAGUGUAAUCAUCUGCUUCUACAACGAGAUUUUCUCGGCAUUGCUGAGGACGCUGUACAGUGUAACGGCCAGAAGCCCGCCGUGGCUGCUGCAGGAGAUAAUCCUGAUCGACGACUUCAGCGAUACGGACGACUUGAAGACACGGCUGUAUCGGUACCUUCGUAGGCACUACAGACCGGGCUUCGUCAAAUUAUACCGAUUGUCUCGACGAGAAGGCCUCAUCAGAGCACGAAUAGAAGGGGUUAAAAGAGCGUCUGGGGACAUCAUCCUCUUCAUGGAUUCUCAUUGCGAAGCUACAUAUGGAUGGCUGGAGCCACUAGUGAAGGUGAUCCACGACGACCCGACGACAGUGGCCAGCCCCGUGAUCGCCAUAAUCGACGAGAAUACCUUCACCUACCAGGGUGACGGGCUACACUUCCUGCAGAUAGGUACUUUCGAAUGGAACGGAGACUUCACUUGGCAGCAUCCCCCCUUUGGUUGGAGGCCCAGAGACCUCACAGCGCCGGUCAAGAGUCCCACUAUGGCUGGAGGUCUGUUUGCGAUGGACCGACGAUAUUUCUGGGAUCUCGGUGGAUACGACGCUGGCAUGAACGGAUGGGGAGGGGAAAACAUCGAACUCUCCUUCCGGACGUGGAUGUGCGGUGGGAGAGUUGUCGUCGUCCCUUGCUCCCAGGUCGGUCACAUAUUUCGUAUCAACCGGCCGUAUACCAUUCCCGGCGAAUCCGACAGUCACGGGAGGAACACCCGGCGCUUGGCCGAGGUCUGGAUGGACGAGUACAAGGAGCUGCUCUUCAAGGAACGUCCUCACCUUAGGGACAUGGAAUUCGGGGAUGUCAGCGAGAGGAAGGCCCUGCGAGAAAAACUGCAGUGCCAUUCGUUCCACUGGUACUUGGAGAAUAUCCACCCUGGAGCCAUACCUGACCUCCCGAAGACGAAUGGGCACGCGUCGACGGAAGCGAAGCCGGUCAAAGAGGGAGGUCUAUAGCCAGUCUCAAGCCACUUCCCAACAGCAUCUCGGAUUCCUGUCAACGUGCUCGAUCGGGGACCGUUCCGGAUAUCCCAACGGAGGCUACGCCCCUCUGGGACUAUAUAUACUAUGAACUUUUACUUUUGAUGCAUUUAUUUUGUUCUUUCGAUUUCGGAAUACAAAUUGUGCUAGGACACGAUGAAAGGACUUCA